GGAACAACUUUGUUAAAAUUCUCUGAUUGCUUACAGUUCUUUGGACUCACAACCACGUAAAUUUCAGUUUUCAAAAUUUUAGUGUAAAACCAUUCAAACUUCUAAAUUAUGGUUGAUUACGCUGUUAUCAAAUUUGAAUGAACAUUCCGAACCGGUUUAUCUACGAAGAUGAUCUCUCAUUGAAGUGCUAUUGAAUUUUUCUCUUUUCUAACUAAUCUACGCUUUACACGCCAGACUUGAUAAGCAACGAAGGGACCAUGGCAAACGAAUCGGAGAAGUUAUUCCUGCUCGAGGUUCUAGUCGACAAAGUCGUUGUUCAAAAGACGGGAAGCCUAAUGGAACGACUUGAAAGCCAGAACGACUGGGGAACAGGAGAGCUGUGUGUAACAUUCCAGUUUCUCGACUAUCCACAUCUGGAAAUCUGCGAGAAGGAUUUCGCUUCAAAGACGGAAGAAAAGUCCGACACCAAAACGAGCUUUAAGAGUGGUAAAUCGUGCCUUUUCGCGGUUCCCACAAACCAGCUCGAUGCGUUACCAGAGGAAUUCGCCUUAAACGUCGGAGUGUUGCGUAAGAUGCCAACAGGAGUGUUGCCUGACAAACUUCUAAUUGCUCAAACCAAAAUAGAACUUAUAGAGCCUCUUUGCAGCAUCAUCAAGGAUUGUACGUGCAGGGGAAAUGACGUGCCGGUAUCAAGAACAAUCAAGGACUGCUUCAGCCUAAUGGACCCAGCUGGUACGAAGACAAUAGGUUCAAUCUGCGUCUUCGUGAGACUCACCUGCUGUGGCAAGUCCAUUGUGACGCAGUUUCAAGUGGGCGGAGAAACUGAGCAAGCUACCCUGUUCAAGGGCAACGAGAGUAACAAAGUGUACCAGUUCACCAAUGUGGACGGCGCAAGUGGCCCCACCUGCCACCCGAUCUGCCCCUGGCUUUACCAGCUUCAGCAGAUGCAGCGCCAGCAGACAUGCACCUGUUCGUGCACGGAGCCGACGCCGCCACCUUCGCCGCCCCCGUGCUGCCCUCCGUCUUCGUGCUGCCCCUCGCCUCCGCCUCCACCUCCACCUCCGUGCCGCCCUCCUGCCUGUGACAUCCUGCCAUCGCGCCCAGCACCUGCUGUCGGUGCGGGCGGCGAGUGCUACUGCUGUGAUGCCAGCACUGCAGAUUCCGAGCUUCCACAAAACCUGUAUGAAGAGAUUGGCGCUGAGAUCAAUGGACACACACUCACCAUCAGGGUAAAGAAGGAUAAGAAGAAUCAGUUUGAAGAUGAUGAUGAUUAUGGCGAGGACAUGUGUUGCCCAUCAAAGGACGACGUAUGCUGUGAGCCACAACUACCCUGUCCCAAGUGCUCUGCCCUGGAGAUACGACCCUAUGGUAUAAAGGACGCAGCAGGUUUCAAGAUGAAAUUCCCACAGAAGGGGACGCAGCACCUGUGCUACAAACUCAGAGGCUGCCCAAAUGCCCUACAACAAGGGGUGCCCUGCGAUAAAUGUGUGGCCCCCGGAGACUACGACCAGGAGGCUUUUGUGCUACGAAUUGCAAAGGAUCGCAAGUCACACCUCGAAUUUGAGCUGAAGACACCAAAGAAAAAGGAACCAGAACCUCCAAUAACAACGGAAAACAAGGACACACAAUACCAGCUAUCUGACCUAAAAGUGGGUUCUGGGAAAAAAGGUAAGAAGAAAGGAAAGUAGAAGGGAUUUCCUGCUGAAGCACAUUUAUAUUGCCAGGCAGCAGACCAUCUCAUAGCUGACAGUAACAGAUGACAGCUAACUGCUGAUGUUACAGAACUGCUGUGGGUUUGUUCUUCAUCGUCAGUCUCUGGAUCUGCUAUCCUUCUUGGUCAUACUUAAUAGUGGGAAAUGGUGAGCAAUUCACAUUCAGUUGACCAGUUCCUGGUCUGGAUACACCUAAUAGAUUGAGAUAUGCCUGAAAGGAAGCAGCUGACAUGGACGUUCAUUACAGGGAAUACUUGUGUAUGUACAGCACCAUGGCUGUAUGAGGAGAAAUGCAACUGAAGAGCAAUGCAUGGAACACUUUAAAAGCAUUGGGAAUAGCUUGAGGAACUCCGCAGUAUUUUCAUUACGACAAACCAUUCAACUGGAGGAGAUAUGGAAACAAUUUUUAUUUGGCCAGUCAAAGCAAUAUAUUUUGGUUCUACAUCUGUUUUUGUAAUCUGCGUACUAAUUUGGCAUCAAUAAUUCAACACUGCAAGCAAAGCUGUCUGAACAUGUAAAACACCUGAAUGAAUCAUUGAUAAAAUCACAUUAGAAAAAUAUGACAUUAUUCUUUUAUCUUCUUAUGAUUUUGUCAAAUGACAUAUUGGUAUUUUAUGUUUGUAAUAAUUUUGUCUCAUCCCGUUUUUGUUUAUUUCACUUAAUCCCCAUAUGCAACAAAUGUGUAUUAGCAACCAUUAUUUUUGGGUCCACUGUGUGCUGUUUGCCAUUCAUUUUCUUAGACUAUUACUAGCUUACCUCUUAGUUUAAACAUAUAUUUUUAUUUGCUAUGAAAUAUCUGGUUGUUCUCUGAAGUUUUGCUUCUCAUAACAGAAAAGAGAACUAAAUAAUUUAAUGUUUCAUUCUCGGAUACUGACUCUUUAAAUUAUUUUUUUGUGUGUAAUUAUUAUGGACAGAACUGUCACUGUAAUUACAUUCUUUAUGAUUGUGAGAAUCAUCCAUGGUGUACUGUGAUGGUCUGAAUUUUAAAUAUACUUUUUUCCAUA